AUGGAGCAGGAGCCAGUCAAGGUGGAGGAGUUCGAAGAACUUGCUCGGCGAGCUCUCCCGAAGAUGUACUACGAUUACUUCCGCGGUGGAGCGGAGGACCAGUUCACCUUGAAGGAGAACAUUCGAGCUUUUCAAAGGAUCACGUAGUCCUCGCCGCGGCCCCCUUCUGCCCUAAUUUCUCUGCGUCUGGCUCAUAAUCUCCCGCUAUUUCACUGCGCGCCGCAGGUUUCAGCCGAGGAUUCUCGUAGACGUCAGCAGCAUAAACACAUCAACAUCGCUGCUAGGGCACAUGAUCGAAGCGCCGAUCCUCGUUGCUCCCACCGGAAUGCAUAGGCUGGCUCACCCUGAAGGUCCUCGUCUCUCCCAGGAUCUCCCACUUUCCAUGACAAGUCUGAAAGUUCUCAGAAAUCCGAUCCCUGCCAGGCGAGGUAGCGACAGCGAGAGCUGCGGCAUCGUGCAACACGAUCAUGGUGACUGAGCGAGUCUUCCGCCGUUCAGCCAUCGCCCCGCCUGGUCUGCUUUCCCGCUGAAAAUCCACUGACUCUCUUCUCAGGUGCUGUCCUUCACAUCCAACUGUACUAUCGAGGAGGUCGCCGCCAGUUGCGAUGCCGUCAGGUUUUUCCAACUAUAUGUAUGAUCUCCUGCUGAUUACUCCAUUCCCGUCCUCUCUGCCGCCAUGAAUUCGUCUGCAACUAGCAAGAAUGACGUCUUCCCGCCUCAUCAGGUAUACAAGAGGAGAGAUAUAGCCGCAGAGCUGGUGAAGAGAGCUGAGAGGCAUGGAUACAAAGCCGUAGUUGUCACAGGGGAUGCUCCCAAGCUUGGACGAAGGGAAGCAGACAUCAAGAACAAGUGAGCGAGCGAGCCUCUGGUUUCACCUCUGCUGCUAUUUAAAUUUCAGCUGGCCUACAGAAACAGAAAAAAAAGAAAAAAAAAAGGAAAAAAGAAAAUCCCCUCGGCAAUAUCCCCCAUUUAGUUUAAAUAAAUAAUAAACUAUUUAAAUCAUUCCUUGUUUGCGGCUCUUCUCUUCUGAUCUUAAAGGCGUUGACUUGGGGCCUGCCUAGGAUGAAGAAAUGUUCUUUCAGCUGGAAUUCUUGGUGGUCGCUGACAGAUCAGGUUUGCAGACGGUAUUUGACGGGGAGAUCAUUAAUACUCGCAUUCUGAUGGUUCUGCAGAAUGGUCGCACCAAGAUUGAGGAACCUCGAAGGUCUGCUGUCUGUGGAGGUUGAAUCUGUGAGUAAAACCCAUCUUCUCUCUGCUCAUGGGCUACGUCGACUGUAUUCAAUCAAGACCAGCAGUCGUUGACUCUAUCUUUCCUUGUCACACAUAGGAUGGAUAAAUGUCUUGCCCUCUUCUCUUCCUUUUCUUUUUGUAUUGAGAAGUUAUCCCACGGUUGGGACCCCACUCCAGGGACUGAUAGGCCUCAUGCUCCAAGCCCAUCUCUUAAUGGCAGAUUAUGGUCAGAUGCCAGUCAUCCAUUUCAUCAGUUUUCUUCCAUGAUGCUCGCCGAUAUCUUCUGCACUGUACAAGUUUAAGACCCUUGACAGGAGCAGAUCAUUGGGCAUGGCAAUGGCUUCAUGGGUGAUCUUUUUUUUUUUUUCCGAUUAUCAGACAGGCAGAUGACAGAUGACCAUCCCCCCACCCCCGUGUUCCUUAUUCUCUUUUCCUUUCUGCAGGGCGGAUCUAAUCUCCAAGCUUUUGCUUCGCAAACACACGAUGAUUCGCUAAGCUGGAAGGCAUGGCAAAAAAACUCCAUAUUGAGACAUCAUUCAUCAUCUUUUUGCAUGUUGAUGCUGCCGAUUUAUUCGAUUUAUGCCCAUCAAAGAACCGAUUUUUCUAGAGCCCCGAAGGCUUCUGACAUGCCCACCCGUGCUCUUCCUCUGUUGAUGCCCCCAAGCAUUAUAUACCCUACGAUACUGGUUUGUCACACCUCUUAAUGGGCAUUUUCAGGACAUGGCAUGGCUGAAAUCUAUCACAAGCUUGCCAAUUCUUAUCAAGGGUGUACUCACCGCAGAAGAUGGUACCUAUGGGUCUCUCUUAUCUCAUUUCCCCUGUUUAUCUGUCGUCUAGUACCAAGUAUAAGAUUGUUAGUCUGUGUAAGUGGGGCUGUAAAACAUCCCGCUCCUGUUCACUGUCAGCGAGGAAGGCUGUGGAAGUUGGCUUAAAUGGGGUCAUCGUAUCGAAUCACGGGGCUCGCCAGCUUGAUUAUGCGCCGGCCUCUCUAUCUGUUCUUGAAGAGGUGAAGAACUCGCUUGAUCACAAGUGUUCUUUCUAUUCAGCCUUUAUUAUUAUUUUUUUUUCACAAAUUAUGCGGGGCGCAUGCGAACAUCGUCAAAUCUUGGCAGGUGGUGGAGGCUGUUGCAGGAUCGGUUCCUGUUCUUUUUGACGGAGGCAUCCGACGAGGAACAGAUGUCUUCAAGGCCUUGGCCCUCGGUGCCAAAGCGGUAAUGGUGAGCCCUUUUUCUCUUUUGUCAUGCGUCCUUGAAAUCAUCUCCAAGAUUAAACCACCCAUCUCCCCUCUUCUAUAUGGCACAGCUACUGACCCACACAUCAUCGUUGACUUUCUCAGAGAAAUAUGCCUAGAUGAGUUUAUAUAUUUAUAGGCAUCGUUGUUCAUAGCAGCUGAUAAUUGACCGCUAUCUGUGUGUAUGCACGGUCCACCAGGUUGGGAGGCCGGUGGUCUUUGGCCUGGCGGCAAAAGGGGAGCAAGGAGUGAGGAGGGUAGUAGAAAUCCUCAAGGACGAGUUGGAGCUCACCAUGGCCCUAGCUGGCUGCCCCACCAUCGAUGCUAUCUCCAGGAGCCAUGUGCGGACGGAGCAAGAAAGACUCAGAUCUUUCAUGUGA